AUGCUGAUCCAGUCAACACUGGAGAACUUAUCCCUUUCAACGGGUAUAUGGGGACUUGGUUUUCUGUUAAGCGGACUGACCAUCAUAUACGUCCUCUACAACCGAUUCCUCAGUCCCCUCCGCCACAUUCCCGGCCCACCCCUCGCCUCAAUCACACCCUGGGUCCAGCUUUACCACGGCUACAAAGGAGACAGACACCUCUGGCUGCACAACCUACACAAGCAGUACGGUCCACAUGUCCGCGUCGCGCCGAAUUUCGUUUCCAUAAACUCCGUCCAAGGACUACACGAAAUCUACGGACACGGAAAGCGGUUGAAGAAGGCGGGUUUUUAUAAUGCUUUUCCGGCUAUCAAGGGUGUGUAUAAUACACAUAAUGCUAUUGACAAAGUCGUGCAUGGACGGAAGAGACGUGUGUUGAGCCAGGCGUUUUCGGACCAUGCGCUUAAGGGCAUGGAGGAUGUGAUGCUGUUGCAUGUGCGGCAGUUGUGUGCUGUUUUGUCUGGGGAGUUCCAGGAUGGCAAAAGUGAUGAAGGGAAGGGCGUUAUUUGUAACAUGGGAGAUUUGUUCUCGUAUCUUACGUAUGAUGUCAUGGGCGAGUUAUGUUUUGGGAAGAGUUUCGACAUGUUGAUCUCCAAGACACGGCGGCAGAUGGUUGAAUUGGUGGACAAGGCUGCUCAUCGACAUUAUGUGUGCGGAUUAUGGAUGCCCCUUGACCGCUGGCAUCUGGACCAAAUCUUCAUUCGCAAGCUCACCCAAGACCGCUGGAACUUCAUCAUGAAGUCCCGUGUCGAAGCCAACGAGCGCGCAAAAGAACGCGCCAAGCUUGGCCGCGAGUCCAAGAAAGACUUCUUCUACUACCUCCUCAACGCCAAAGACCCCGAAACCGGCAAGGGUCUCACAACCCCAGAACUCUGGGGCGAAGCUAACGUCCUCAUGAUCGCUGGUAGUGAUACAACCGCGACCACCCUGGCAGGCACGAUCUUCUAUCUUGUCCGUAACCCCCAUGCCAUGGCGCGACUUAAGCAGGAAGUACGCGAGAGCUUCGACUCGGUUGAGGAGAUUAUCAGUAGUCCUCGACUAAACGAGCUGGUCUAUCUUAAGGCAUGUAUGGACGAAGCCAUGCGUCUAACCCCAGCAGCACCUGGUGCUCUCCCCCGCGAGGCGAUGGACGGCGGUGUCGUCGUGGAUGGCAUUUUCCUCCCCGAGGGCACAAAUUGUGGAACGCCCAUCUACUCCAUCCAUCGACAAGCGCGGUACUACCGUGAACCCGAGUCGUAUAUACCCGAGCGUUGGAUCGAAGGAGCAGCAUGCCAGACAGGUACAGCGUCAUGGCAAACCAGUAGAGAAGAAGUUGAGCUAGCCCGACGCGCUCUGUGCCCAUUUAGUAUUGGACCUCGGGGGUGUAUUGCGAAGGGCAUGGCGUUCAUGGAGAUGCGAUUGACUAUUGCGCGGAUGGUAUUCUUGUUUGAUAUGGAAUUGGUGGAUCGAUUUGGUGAAGAUGAGGGAGGGCAUUUGGCCUUGGUUGAUCAUUUUACGAGUUCGAAGGAGGGGCCUAAUGUGAGGGUUUGGAGACGGUAG